UUUAGGAGCAAAAGCUAAUUUAAUUAUGACAACAACAAAAUAGUAAUAACUGUUACAGUCACACGUGGUGAGCUGUUCUUAAAAAGCACAAUCCUGUGUCAGACUCUCAUGUCUCGCUAACUAAUGCUUCAGUGAAUACCAGUGUCUGCUGCCAGGGGCCAGAGUGUUUCUCUGAAAAGGAGCCCAAGGGACUUGGUGUGCAACAGGACAAUGUUUUACUGUGUCCUGAUGGGGGAUGGAAGACAAAAAUGUAAAAAGCUUCUUCUAGUUAAUUAGAAAGGACUUCUAAAAAUAACCAGUUCCUGAAAACUAGCAGGGAAGCAUAAGCCUUUAUAGUAGUUAUAGUUCUUAGUUUUAGCAGAAAGGUUUUUAUUAUGAAUGCACUUCCUCAGAAAAAUUGUCUUAGCUCAUACUUUAAAAUGUGGGGGUGGAUAUUCCUAAGUUAGCGGUGGUGUCGGCUUGGUUUGCUCUUCAGCAGAACUAUUUUCCCUUUCCACCUCCUGCCUGCUGCAACACCUCGGUUAGGAGGGUGAGAUUCCUCUCUUGGAAACGAGCUGCAGCCUGCGGGCAUCGCCUGCUGCAGUGCGAGUCCCGAGCCCCGCAUCCCCUGCCCUGCGAGUCACCGGGCCGGCCCUGGUGCCAGCUUUGUGUCGGGCUACGGAAAAGCGGCCCGGGGCGCUCGAAGAACCGACUGAAAAUGUCUCAGAAUCCUGACAAGCUAAAUUCAAGUGAAGAAAAGUUGAGUGGUUUGGAGGAUGAUGAGGAGGAGAACUUGGAGAACUCGGAUCAGUCUGUCCGAAAAAGAAUACGACAGAGUGCUCCAGGGUCACACAGAGAUGAUACACCAAAGUCCAGUCCCUCUCGGCCUGUGUCCAUAGAAGAGCUCAUGGAGACAGCAAAGGGAGUCACCAACAUGGCACUGGCACAUGAAAUUGUGGUGAAUGGAGACUUCCAGAUAAAACCAGCUGAAUUGCCAGAACACAGCUUAGAGAAGAAAGUCAGAGAUAUUGUGCAUAAAGCUUUCUGGGAUUGUCUGGAAGCUCAGCUAAAGGAAGACCCCCCGACAUAUGAUCAUGCAAUUAAGCUAUUGGGAGAAAUUAAAGAGAGUCUUCUGUCUUUCUUGUUGCCUGGUCAUACUAGACUGAGAAGCCAGAUUACAGAAGUUCUUGACCUGGAUUUGAUAAAACAGGAGGCAGAGAAUGGGGCCCUUGACAUUUCUAAGUUGGUCAAAUUUGUUAUUGGGAUGAUGGGGACUCUCUGUGCUCCAGCUCGAGAUGAAGACAUUAAGAAACUGAAAGAUAUUAAUGAAAUAGUUCCUCUUUUCAGAGCAAUUUUCUCUGUAUUAGACCUAAUGAAAAUGGAUAUGGCAAACUUCGCUGUCAGUAGUAUUAGGCCAAAAUUAAUGCAGCAGUCUGCUGAAUAUGAAAGAAAGAAGUUUCAGGAGUUUCUUGAGAAACAGCCAAAUUCUUUAGACCUUGUCACCAAGUGGUUGCAAGAAGCAGCAGAUGAUCUUGCAAAGCUGGGACAUGAAAUGUUGCCUCCCCACUGUAGUGAUGGUGCCACUGGUGGGGCUUCUGCCUUCAUUGCUGUACAAAAUCAGGCCUAUCUGAAGCUUCUGAAGUGGGAUCAUGUGAACAGGCCUUUUCCAGAAACGCUGCUCAUGGACCAGACACGCUUCCUGGAGAUGCAGCUGGAGCUGGAGCAGCUCCUGGUGGUGGGGACAGUGCUGCUGGUCACGUUCAGUGCAGCAGGCCCAGCUCUCAUCGAUGUGCCUGGAUUCGCCGAGAGAAUCAAAAGCAUCGUCAGGGUGCUGCUGACGGGAAUGCACCUCCCCUCCUUUAACCUGAAGGAAUCCCUGGCCACUGUGGGUGAGAAGGUGUGUGCUGAAGUGAACAGCUGCCUUUCCCAGCAUGGCUUUACCCCGUUCUCAGCUGAGAGGGAGGCUGUGCUCAAGGGACAGAUCCAGGCAGUGGCCAGCCCGGGGAACUCCAUCUGCAAGCUCAUAGAUUCUCGAAUUCAAAAGUUUCUGGAGAAUUAUCUUGCAUCCAGUCACCAGAAAUCAUUGCCUGCCAUUCCUGGAGGAUUAGGCCCUAUUCAGAGGGAGCUGGAGGAGAUUGCUGCCAAGUACGUUCGUCUUGUCAACUACAACAGAAUGGUCUUCAGCCCUUACUAUGAUGCAGUCCUUGGCAAAAUAGUGACUAAGGAAGAAUCCCAAAUUGUAGGGAAGUCAGAAGAAUCAUAAAACCAGUCUGUGUGCUACCAAUACAGUAUUGUCAGCUAUUAAAUAAAACUUGUACCAAUAUUUGUCUAGGAAAACAGCUUUCCGUGUAAAUACUGGUUCCUUUUAACCCACGAGUGCUGACUGGUGAGGGAAGCACAGGAGAUGCAGAAAGGGUUCUGAGGUAAAAGAUGAGAGAUGCAUUUCUAAUAUAAUUAUGCAGCCUAGGGAAAGGGAUAUCAUGGGUGUUUUCUGGUGGCAAUUUUUAGAUUUUUGAGCUGGUGAUAGGUAGGGCAGGUUUAAGAACCAAACGUUGUAUUUAAGUGGCUCAUUUCAGGGCAUUUAACUCUUAAUUUACAGUGAACUUAGUUUAAUUUAUCUAGAGCUGAUUAGCAAUGGUUCUUCCCAGAAGGGGUGAUUUGGUUUUUUAAAAAAAUCUUAUUUUAAAGAAUUAACAAAGCUAAAAUUCUAAAGAAGAACUUUACCAGACAAAACACCAAGCCAAGCAGCACUUUACUGUAACAUUAUGGUGAGUAUGGUAGGCUUACUAGUUUUUUCUGUAUUUUACUGCAUUUUUAAUAGCAUUUUUUUGCUGUUUACCUGCAGAUGUUACAAAACAUCAUCUAUUUUUGUAGCAAUUCUUCUGGUUAUUGGGUAACUGUCCUCUGCUAUGUACAGUACUCCCAGAGGUGGCAAUCUUAUAGAUUGCAGCUGUAUUUAUAUCUUGUAAAGAUUUCAGAAAGGGCAGAGCUAAAACGUUUUGAUAAAAGUGGCAUUUCUUAAAUUUUUUUUUUUGCUAGUAAUUUACUCCUUUUUAGGUGAAAUACUAAUUCUAAAGUAAAAUCUCAUUUGCAGAAGGUGGAUUUAAAGUGUGUGAAACUUUAGGUUGGAAAUUUUGGGCUUUUUUAAAAACUACAACAGGGGAUGGUUGCAUAUUCAAUCAUGUCUUCAAAAAUAUGUGCAGAGCAUGGUGGGCUGUAUAAGUAAUUUUAAUGUACUGUGAGAGGUGAAUGGUUUGAUGUUAGUUUGACUAUACAGGGAAUAUUUUAGUAGAUUUUUUUUCACUUUCUAGAUGUGUUCUUGAAACUUAGAAUAUUUGUAGGUCUUGAAUUUAAUAAGCUACAUGUUGUAUAGAGGAGAAGAGCCCAGUGAUCUUACAUUGCAAUCUCAGGCUCAGCUGGGAGGUAAGUGAAAUUUUCCUCUGGUUGAGCACAACUGUGUAUUACAGUAAUCAAUAUUUGAUGGUUUUAUGAAAGCAAAGUUUGUAGUUACACACAGUAUGUGGCCCAAGUAUGAGGCAGUCCAAACCAGAACGUGCUGUCUUUAAAAAAAAAAACCAAGGUACAUGAAAUAAAUAAAUGAAGGGCCCUUGUAUUGCCAAUUGCCAGGCAGGUUAAUUUAGGAAUCAGCCAAACAGACCUUGCAGAAGCACUUGAUUAUGAUCCACUGUUAAUGCUUCCCUUUCCAGUUUCCUUUGAAUGUCAGUGUGGAUAAAACUGCACCAACUUUGGAGGGGGAUGGAAGAAAUAAGACCUUAUUUUUUUAUAUUAGCCUAUGCAACUUUAAACCAAAUCUUUUCUUGUUCAUUACAAAGCCCCUUCCCCAAGGGAAAAACCCAGCAAAACCCUGUGAGAGUUCAUCAGCUCAGAUAAGUGAUUUUUCUCUUGGCCAAAUGAAUGUCUGUCUUUGAAUCCUUCUUUGAGAACUCAAAAAAUGAGGUUGGUUAGCCAGAAUAAAAGGGUUCUGAGUAGGGUCUAUUUCAUUGUUUGUUUGGAUCAGCAAAGGAUUCUACAGAGGUCUUCAAGGCUGCUGCCUCAGCUUGCUGGGCUUUGCUAUUAGAGCAGGCUCUGCCUCACAUCACAGCCUAAAGCUCUGCAGCUGCACCAACUCCCUCACCUGUGCUGAAGGAGCUACCAGAGCCAUCACUGCUGGAAUUGGCACCAGGAGAGAUAACCAAGGCACAGCUGUGUCCAGUUUUCUUAAAUGAGAGCUGCACAAGUUAGAAAUUGCUGCUGCUGUUUUAUGGUUCAGCCAUGCCUAGGAGCUGCCUUUAGAGACAGAGUUAGAUGAGGUUCAGGACGAGCUCGAGGGUGUGGGGAGGGAUGUCAUGGUGAGCCAGGUACCUGAAAAGCCCUUGAAAGGUGUGUGACUGAUGGCAGAGUGCAGGGCACUGCUUUAGCAGUGGAUAAAAUCCUGAGGAGAUGGCUGUUCCCAGGGCUGGGAUUCAGGGGUCAGGGCCCAGGAGUGCCUGCUCCUGACAUGGCAACAGGGACUGUGCUGCCACAGGUGAUUGUAGUGCUCACAGGGCCCACACAGGGAAUCCCAGCUCUCCUCACAGGAUGGGUUUGAUCCUAAGCCUUCAUGCAGCAGAAAGAUCCUAGAAUGAGGGAACAGAGUGCAGUACUCACCUGUGGCUCCACUCUCACCUCCAGGGCCCACACAGAAGGAACAAAUGCUCCUGGCACAGGUGCUGGGGGCCUUUCAACAGGAAAGAUCUAAAGGAACUGCAAUAAAUUCCCACAAGUGCAAGGUAAUGAUUCUCCCAGGUUGUUCUUUUUAACGAGAGUGUUUGACAAGCAGUUCCUCUACAUCCUGUCUAAAAGAAACAGGGAGCUGCAACUGAGUGGCAAAGCAAGGAGGACGUUCCAGGACGAGGCCAGCCCCAUCUCCAUGUGCAGGUGCUGCUUCACCCUUGCCCUGGCAGAGAGGAGCCCUGGCUGAGGCAGCUGUGCUGGGGUGGGAAUGGCUUUCAUUUGCCCCAGGCUCUGACUGUCCUGUAGUCCAAGGGGUUCUUAGGAUCUUAUCAGAGUCAAUCUUAUCACAGCCAAUUCCAAGUUAAAAGUUGGAGUAGCAUAGAAACUAUUUGGAAAGCUCACAUAGUGUUUCUUUAGCUUGUUUGAAGAUAACAAGUGCUGAUUAUUAACAUUUAGCUUUGUACAUUACAUGGAAGAGCAGUGCAGGUAUCCAGGACCAGGCUGUGUGAGCCAGUGCUCCUGGACUACCCACGCUGAACUGAGUUAGUCUUACAAUGCUGUCUUCUUCAAACAGUCCUGGAAUUACAAGCCAAAGUGUGCUGUAUCCUCUAGAAAAUGGAAAGCAAGCUCUAUUCUAAUAUGUAUGCUCUGAUCAAUUUCCUGUGAUGGUAUAAUUAGCAUUGCUUUUGAAGUGGCUGAGUAAUAUUUAAGAAGUACCUUGUUGUGUUUGAAUAAAACCAGAAUGAGGCAUGA